AGAGAUCUGCAAACAACGAGACCAACAACUCCUUUAACUUUUGAUUUUCACUGAUAAUACGCGAUAUCUUGGAAUUUUCAAGUGGCAAGAAAAGUAUUAAAUUAUCAAUUUCACUAGUAACUUUAAACUCUCGAUGGUCAGCUGAAUAUUGAUUGAAGUUUUCCGUGUUUCGGCCUAUUGAAAGCUACAGCAAUCACGAUGUCAACAAGACCAAACAAGGUAGUUUUGGAAGUGGACCGGGGUCUCAUUGAGAAGAAUUUGAUGAUUGAGGAACCUCAGCAUGCCUUUGCUACACCAAACGAGGAGCUAGAGCGGCUCUUCCCGUUGCCAGAGCACCCGUCUAAAAUCAUACAUCUUAAGCCUGGAAUCUGCGUGAAGGCGCGCGCCACUUCAGGGGAGAAAGUUUUCCUCAACCUCUGCACCUCUGAGUUCAUCCCGCAAGCCAAAGAUGUGUCUGAAAUCGAGCUGGCUAAGAUUUUGAAUUCGGAAGAUCCAUCCAGUUUCAGAGUGCCUAUGAGUCUAGGCGAGGGCAGAUUUGAAAAAGACAAAAGCGGAAAACAAUGCCAAGUAUUUGACAUUGCUGUUCAUCCCAAGACCCUCCAGAAACUGGAACACAGUGAGCUAUUUAGACAGUUUCUUUUGACAGCUUCAAUGGAAGGCAUCCAGAACAAGUAUAAUGCCAAACUGCAAAUUGGAGAUGUCACCAUUCUAAACAAGAGAAAGAGCUUGGGCACACCCAAAUCGCAACGUAUUAGAGUGGACAGUCCAACAACUCCUACCGGCCCUUUAAUAUCCGAAAUCUGCCCAGCACAGGCUAAUGAUUUGAAACCUAGACCAAAGGUUCCAAAGUACAAGAUUAGAGGAGAGCCUGCUAAAGGAAAACUACAAAAAAUGGUUGCUGAACUAAACUUGCCUGAUGUGUCCUCUGCUGAAGAAUUGACUUUGGAUGUUGGAGAGGACCGUAUUUUAAUGCAAGCACAUAAGACAAAUUACAAAUUGGAUGUUUAUCUUCCUCACUUAAUCGAACAGGAUAAAGUCACAGCUCAAUUCAACAAAGAUUCCAAAUCAUUGUGGUGUCACCAUGACAAAUGUCUGCGUGCUUGAAAGUCGUAACUGCUAGAUGCAUAUCAAUCUCAGCAACCGUCUAUACUUAUAAUAUUCUCACGGCUUGGGUGAAUUGAUGGCCGCCAUCCAAGAAAGCAAGGACCUACGUC